UAUAAGUGGAAUGUUUUGAUUAGCAAAUGUAAUUUAAUUGGCCGAUGGGGCUACAGCCCCAUGAGGCCCUACCUUUGAGCCGCCUAUGGAGAACAGACCGAUAGCUAAUUUUGGAAUAGUGGCAUUAAAAAACCCACCUGCUCAUGUCCCUCACUGUCACACUGCACACAAAGCUAACUGUGAGAGAAAGAGAACACAGACAGCAGCGAGGGCAGCGCUGGGAUUUGUUGGAACGUCACCUGUUGUCAAAAGAGAAUGUCAAGGAGCAACCAGCUACAGGACCUGGCGCUGAUUAAGGAACUGGAACUCAUCUUGGAUUCCUGCACAGUGGAUCUCACGCCGGUGGACGAGGUUUGGCCUAACCUGUACAUCGGCAACAUAGGUGUAGCACAGAACAGGGCUACAUUAUGUAAGCUCGGCAUCACUCACGUCCUGAAUGCAGCACACUCCAAGCAAGGCAGCAUCGGUGACCAGAGGUUUUACGGCAAUGCCUGCAUUUACUGCGGCAUCCCAGCAGAUGAUUCAGACCAUUAUGACCUCAGUCAGUACUUUAAACCUGCAGCUGACUUUAUACAUCAAGCACUGAAAAGCAAAGACGGAAAAGUGCUGGUGCACUGCAUCGUGGGAAUGAGUCGAUCGGCCACUUUGGUCCUGGCGUACUUGAUGCUGCGACAGCAUCUGUCACUUUCUGAUGCUGUCAGGCAUGUCACUCAAAAACGAGCCAUCUAUCCCAACAGGAACUUUCUGUCCCUCCUCCUUAAACUUGAUGGACAGUUGGCACGCAAGAGGAGGUUGUGUCCUCUUCUCUGACAGCGCUCCUCAUUUCUCACUUCCUCCCUUUUCCUCGAGUUUAGUCCAGCGGCACAAACAACAACUGAACAACUAUGUUCGGUUUUGUCUCAAUGCU